UCGGGAGGGUGACAGCGUGUGUAAAACUAUGCAUGACUUGUAAAGUGGAACAUUAUCAUCACGAGAAAUGGUCAAUAUUCUAUGAAAUGGAUACAUUUGUGUGUUAGUGGUGACCAUUUGGUGUCGAUUUCAUCUUUAGCCAUCUGAUGCACCUGUGGAAUCCCAAAACGCGAGGACCGGCUUACCCGCUGCCUUCCUUGUCAGAAGAGUUGGAGUUACUGGGGGCAGCCCGGGUGGCUAGCGGGUAUCACCACCAGACCAGGGUAUAUGUCAUCCAAACGGGAUAUGCUGAAGUAUCUCACUCUAAAGCUCAAGUCACAGACACUGAACGAAGUUCAGCCUUAUCAAGAAAAGUUAGAUGACGACCAUGAUUCCGGAACAGAAUCUGACGAUGAAAAUCAAGACUUAGACGAUGAGGAACCAAGAGAUGCUAUGUACCACCAUGACACAUCCAGUUAUGGGAGCGUGUCCCCAGUCAACCACCCGCCCAGUCCUCUGAUGCAUGUGCUAGACUCCAAUGCCACACAUGAAAUCAGCGAACACAACCUAGACAGCAUCAGUUGUACCUCAGACUUUGAGAGACACAGCUUAGACUUUGAUAGACACAGCUCCGAAGAGGAGCUUGAAAACAUACACAGGGAAGUGGUCGCUGAGAAACGAAAAUGGUCGCAAGUGAAUAAUCGAAACUGUGAAAGUGCAAGUUCUUCUGAUGAGGAAGUGAAAGAACUAAUGUUGGAACCCCAACCAGUGUUAUUUAGGUGUUCACCUCCGCAGGGAGUUCAUAAACUCAAUAACAACAAUAUCAGUAACAAUAACAACAACUACACUUGUACUAACAUUACGGUCAUCAGCUCCAGUUAUGGUGGACCGACAAAUCUUAGGAGCAAAAAUAGUCUAAAUAAUAAUGUCAAGUCCCCACCAUCCCAAUUACACAUAAAUAAGGUGACUCCAAUCUCUGUUAUGAGUGUGUCGCCUAGGAAACGACAUCGACAGACAACUACCUCUGAUUCUCCUCCAUUUACUGCAGACCUGGCACAGUCUGCCACAGUCAUACGCAGACCUUGUCUCGAUUUUGAAAAAAUGCAGAAAAACGUGGUGAAGAAGCAAUGCACUCACAACAUUGGUCGGGCUCGAGUUGUGAAAAUAAAGACCGUGACCGGAACCCUCAGGACUCCCAGGUGUAUUUCCGACCCUGCCAUCUUCUCCUUCCGUUCGAUUAGUAAUUCCUCUUAUAACUCGCUGACGCCCGUGGAGGAGCCUCCGUGCGCCUACUGAACCAUGCUGCUCACUCGGGCGUGUCCACCAGUAUGAUUUUCACAACUAUAUAUAAUAUGACGUUUUGGCACGACAUAGCGGCAUGGCAUCCCAGCCACAAUUUGACACCAAAGGAUUCAUUGAGAUGUGACGUCACCGACACAGACUAUAGUGAACGUGACAGCAUUGUGUAAUCGUGUGACGUCACAGCCACUGUUUGUCGCCAUAGGUUCACGGAGUACAUAUCAGGAUCUGCAUGGAAGAAAACAAAAUAUUCAGGACAAACAGGGAUCAGGAAUUAAAAAAAAGGACGAUGUAUAUCUCGUACACAUUUUAAGUUGUAGUUAUGCAGAAUGUGUUUUGUUUUUAACAAGACAAUAGGACUGCACUCUCAGGGGGAAUUCUACUACAGAUCUUGGCGAUGUUUACUGCAGUCGAACACUUAAAGGAGAACUUAAACUCAAGUGACAGCAGAAGAAAUAAUGGCAUAGGGUAAAUUAACUAUGCGUUUUUAUGUUGAUUACUUAGAAUAGUUAGAUUUACAGUUAUUUUUAUCAAUAUAUAGGAAUACCAACUACGAAGGGUGUUUGCAUAUACUCCUGUCAUCCCAUUUACAUGCCCCUCCUAAAACGGUGUCCCUGUUCUACCUAAUCCAAUGUAAUAUUGUUGUAUUAUUGUCUUGUUCAUAUCAAAUAGAAAUCAAUUCGUUUUACAUAAUGACUGUUAAUUGUUUUCAUUGUUAUAUACAACACAUCGCCCCGUUCAUCAUCAGAUCAUGGUGAUAUGAAAAUAUUCACAAACUUACGUUAUUAUAUAUUA